UCGAAAAUCUUUCACGUGCUCACCGAUCGACCAAUCACACAAGUAUCACUAGCUCAUGCGAAGUGCUGACUUACACAUCUUGCACGUUUUGCAGAAGUUUCAGUCGCAAAACGAUCCGUUUUCCUCACUUCACCGCAGUCAUCAAACAAGCAUGGCUGACUGGGAUGAUAACUCUGGCCAAACUAACUGCUUUGGAGGCAGCUCGGGCGGUGGGUUCGGUUCUUCAAUGACGAACGGAUUCGGUGGUGCGUGUGGGCUAACGAAUGGCGACGACUCUGGCCGACGUAAAGGCUUCGGAAGAGGCAGUCGCACCGAUACAUUGCCUAAAUCAGACAGCAAGCCAGGCGGCGCAUUCGGUGGUUCCUCUGGCGGUGGAUUUGGUGGCUCAUCAGGCGGUAGUUUUGGUGGCUCAUCAGGCGGUAGUUUUGGUGGCUCAGGUUUCGGUUCCAAGUCAAGUGGUGGUGGUGGCUUUGGGGGAGGGGGUGGUUUUGGUGGUGGUGGCUUUGGGGGAGGGGGUGGUUUUGGUGGUGGUGGCUUCACUGGUGGAGAUGAUGCUGACGAUGCCGGUGGAAGCGGCGGGGGCUUUGGUGGGGGAAGAAGCUUUGGUGGUGGAAGUCAUGGUGGAGAUGGUUGUAGGAAGUGUGGUGAAUCUGGGCAUUUUGCUCGUGACUGUCCCCAAGGAGGUGGAGGUGGCGGCGGUAGCAGGACAUGUCACAAAUGCAAUGAGGAAGGGCAUUUUGCUAGAGAGUGCCCAAAUGCAGACAGUGGAGGAAACAAGUGUUUCAAGUGCAAUGAGUCAGGACAUUUUGCACGUGAAUGCCCUAACUCUGGUGGAGGUGGUGGAGGUUUUGGGGGUGGCAGCAGCGGCAGCACUUGCUAUAAAUGUAAUGAAACAGGUCAUUUUGCUCGGGAAUGCCCCAAUGCAGAGAGUAAUGGUGGAGGUUUUGGAGGUGGCAGCAGCGGCAGCACUUGCUAUAAGUGUAAUGAAACAGGACAUUUUGCUCGGGAAUGCCCCAAUGCAGAGAGUAGUGGUGGUGGUUUCGGCGGUGGUGGAGGGAGCAGCGAUUCAACUUGCUUCAAGUGCCAACAAACAGGUCACUUUGCCAGAGAGUGUCCUAAUGAGAGUGCUGCUGGAGAGGAUGGUGAUAGACCAAAACCAGUCACUUAUGUACCACCAACACCCACUGAGGAUGAAGAGGAAAUGUUCAGGUCCACUAUUCAACAAGGAAUCAACUUCGAGAAGUAUGACCAGAUUGAAGUUCUGGUCUCAGGGAACAACCCUGUUCGGCAUAUAAACUCCUUUGAAGAGGCAAAUCUCUAUGAAGCUUUCCUUAACAAUGUGAGAAAAGCACAGUAUAAGAAGCCAACACCAGUCCAGAAAUACUCCAUUCCAAUAGUUAUUGCCGGCAGAGAUGUAAUGGCUUGUGCACAGACAGGUUCAGGAAAGACCGCUGCCUUCUUGCUCCCAGUUAUGACAUCAAUGAUGAAUGCCGGGCUGACCAGCUCUUCCUUCAGUGAGACACAGACACCCCAGGCAAUGUGUAUAGCUCCAACCCGAGAACUGGCCAAUCAGAUCUACCUAGAGGCUCGAAAGUUUGCCCAUGGGACCAUGCUGCGUCCAGUUGUGUGCUAUGGGGGUGUUUCUGUAUCCCACCAGCUGAGACAGCUGCAGAGUGGUUGCAAUUUGCUGGUCGGCACUCCAGGACGCUUGACUGAUUUUAUUGAGAAAGGAAAGGUUUCCUUGAAGGGUCUCCAAUUCCUGAUUUUGGAUGAAGCAGACCGUAUGCUGGACAUGGGCUUUGAACCUGCCAUUCGAAGGAUUGUAGAAUCUAUGGGCAUGCCAGAUAAGUCUGAACGUCAGACACUUAUGUUCAGUGCUACAUUUCCUGAGGAGAUCCAGAGAUUAGCAGGAGACUUCCUCAAUGAUUACUUGUUCUUGACAGUUGGUCGAGUUGGUGGCACCACCUCGGACAUUGAACAGACUGUGAUAGAGGUCACAGAUAAUGAAAAGAGAGACAGGUUAACUCAGAUCCUUGGAGAUGCAGGCACAGACCGAACUCUUGUGUUUGUGGAGUCAAAAAGAUCAGCUGAUUUCUUGGCCAUUUUCCUGUCGGGAGAGGGCUUUCCUACUACAAGCAUUCAUGGUGACCGUCUACAGCAAGAACGCGAAGAGGCACUCGAUGAUUUCCGCAAAGGCCGUUGCCCUGUCCUUAUUGCAACAAAUGUUGCAGCUCGUGGACUGGAUAUUGAUGAUGUAAAACAUGUAAUCAACUUCGACUUGCCAUCUGAUAUUGAUGAAUAUGUCCACCGGAUUGGUAGGACAGGACGUAUUGGUAACAAGGGAAAGGCAACUACCUUCUUCUUGCGAGGAAGAGAUGAUAAGGUGGCACGUGGCUUGGUCAAGGUGCUUUCAGAGGCCAACCAAGAGGUUCCUGAGUGGCUGGAGGAGAUAGCAGAAGGUGCUAUUGGCACAGACUAUGGCCCAGCAGGAGGCCGCUUUGGCUCAAGAGAUACAAGACAGCAGUAUGGGAGAAACCGAGGCGGAGAUGAUGCCUUUGAGAGCACGGCGCCCAUCUCAGCAGGUGGUGGAGAUGAUGACUGGGAAUAGCUGCCAUUCUGACUCACCAAGAAGAAGUUUAUGUUGAAAUAGUUUUACCAUUUUACCAGUCCAAGGAGAUAUUUAAUACUUCGGAACUGCACAUAUCGUUAAUUAAUUCGCUUGCUAAAAUGGGGCUUGUAUUUGCUUAAAGCUCAGCUUUAGAGAAUUGAUCGUACGAAACAGAUUGACUUCCGUGUCAUCGUUGUGUUAAAGCUCAAGCUUUAGAGAAUUGAUCAUAUGAAACAGUCCGUUGUGUUUGAAAAAAAAAGGCCAGAGAACUGUGCUGUUGUGUGUAUGAAGAGAUCACCAAAAGCUCACAUCACGAAGCUACAGUACAGCUGUUAUAGCUUGUUGUUGGGGUUACAAAUACCGACCUGGCUGCUUCGGAUAUUUCAAUUUCUGUUUAAACCACAUGGUCAAGUCAGGGUGUCCUGAUAGCCUCUGGUAACCUAGCGAUUGCGAUUCCUAGGUGUGCUGAGGUGUGAAGGAAUAGAUAUAUCUUGGCUUGUACUGAUGAAGACAUAAGUGAAUUGACAGUUGUGUGGUGGUUUAGACCCUGUUUUGGUUGAAAUUACUGUACAAUCAACACAAACAAGACUUUCCAUGGUGGUAAUCUGCGCAUUACUAUACAGUCGACAUAUGUACGAAGACUCUCCUUGGCUGUAAUCUGCACAUUAGGAGUCAAUGGCCAUAGCACGAGUGAUCACUCCUGAUAUAGAGGAACGGUAACAGAAAAACAAAAACUUAGCAUGUUGAUAAAGCGGGUUGAAGGGAACCAAGUGUAUUUUGUAAUGAUUGACAACCCAGAGAAGACUAGCACUGAGCCAAUGGCAGAGGGGCUACCAACAAAACCAUGUUGGCUCAAGAAGACUAGCACUGAGCCAAUGGCAAGAGGGGCUACCAACAAAACCAUGUUGGCUCAAGAAGACUAGCAUUGGGCCAAUGGCAGAGGGGCUACCAACAAAACCAUGUUGGCUCAAGAAGACUAGCACUGAGCCAAUGUAAGAGGGGCUACCAACAAAACCAUGUUGGCUCAAGAAGACUAGCACUGAGCCAAUGGCAGAGGGGCUACCAACAAAACCAUGUUGGCUCAAGAAGACUAGCACUGAGCCAAUGGCAAGAGGGGCUACCAACAAAACCAUGUUGGCCCAAGAAGACUAGCGGCAGAGAAGCCUAGCAAGACCUGUUGAAAUGUCUGCGCAGAAGACAACCAAGCACACAACAAUCUGCCUUAUGCAAGGCUAAAAUCUGGGGCCUGGUCCAGGAUGGUGGCCCCAGUGACAAUUUCCAUAUAUAGUCCCUGAACUAGGGGACUUUUGUGUUGUAACCAAUGUCAUACACCGUAUGGUCGUUUGUGUUUGGCAUAAGAUCAACAUGGCAUGGCUGAUAUUCGAUCCUCCUGACACUCCUGUUUAACCACACAUUUACGUAUCUAAUACUUCUGGUUUAGUUCAGGAAAUGUAUCUUAAAAAUCUCUUCGAUUAAUGCAGUACUUGGGCUAACCAGUUCACUUGCAAAUUUCAAUUAUCUGAUUUGAUUGCAAUUCAAAUCGGGCAAGAUUGAGAGUUGUUCAUUCAGAAGUGGAAGGGUUAAUUCAGGCACACGCUGCUUUGGAUCUGGAUUUAUGGUGAAUGUAUGGAGAUGCUAUUGUUUGGUACACAUGCUUCAGGAUUUGUAGGUAACGCGCAUUAAUACUAAAUCCAAGGCUUGGUAGAUAGCUUAAACAUAGUUCACUGAUCUCUUGGCCUAGUGAUCAACACAGUGAAAGCAAUCAGUUGGCACGAUCUUAAAAUAAAGUUUAUUCAAUUUA